GAUGGAAUUUGCCAUGAAUCUCAAUAAUUUAACAACACUUAACUAAUACGCAUAGAGACUGAUGCUAAAUGAUAUUAUUGGAAAUCAAAUUUAACAAAAUAUACGUAAACUAUUAAAUUAGACUGAAUCUUUUAUGACGUUACACAUUUUUGACCUCAUUUUAACGCAAACGGGAACAUUGUUCAACAGUAAUGACUAUCGUUAUCUGCUCCUUAUUACAAACGCAAAGAGAUCUACUUAUGCAUAAAACAGCCUCUCCGAUAAGCCGUUCAUUAUUAUUCAAGUAAUUCAUACUAUGCCACGCCUUCGCCCCCUACACUUGGAGGGCGGAAGCCACUUGGACGCAGAGCGCGCACUUGCCGCAAAAGAUGCCAAAUAAAAGCUGUUAUUUGGCGUGGAUUCGCACCUAGGUGCAAAGCGUCAACAAGGCUCGAGGCCGUUCCCGGGAAUCCUUCGGGAAAAAAGCAGGUACACAGUUCACACUCCGGUUAGUAGUAGAUCACGCACCGAGCUAAGGAGAUGGAUUCCGCCGCGAGUGGUCCGAAGAGUGUUGUGCCAACCAUUCCGAAGCGCCGCCAGGACUUGAUCCGUUGGGAUGGCUGGGGCUACAAGGAUUCGCGAUUUGUGUACGACGGCAAGGACUGCUUCUUCAGUGGGGACCGUUAUCCCAUGGGGAAAGGAGCUCGGUUGAAUCGGUUGCGUGAUUGGGUGAUCAACUACUUCGACGUGGACCCCGAAACGCUAUUGCCGCCUGUUGAUGAACCGAAAGUGUUUCCGGAGCCGGUGAGGUGUGUUGAGUUUAUGGACGGAUUGAAGAAGUUGGGAAUGGAGUUUUCUGAAGAUGGAAUGGAUCGAUUGAUGAGGUGCCAUGGGCAGAACCUAGAAGAUUUCGAAAAUUUAAAGAAUAUCGGCUUUAAGAAAAUUCCAGAUCUUGUGGUGUGGCCGAAGUGUCAUGAAGAUGUGGUGAAGAUCGUGGCGUUGGCGGGAGAGAACGACGUUGCAUUGAUGGCAGUAGGUGGAAAUUCGGCAGUGUCUGGUGCUUCAACAACUCCGGAUGUGCAGGGAAGAACGGUUGCGGUGGUAGAUAUGACCCAGAUGAAUCGGUUGUUGUGGUUGAACAAGGAAAAUCAAACGGCGUGCUUUGAAGUGGGGAUUGUGGGACAGGAUCUGGAGAAAAUCCUUUUGACAGAAGGUUUAACAUUGGGCCAUGAACCGGAUUCGAUUGAAUUCUCCACGUUAGGAGGAUGGAUUGCGACAAGAGCGUCUGGGAUGAAGAAGAAUAAGUACGGUAACAUUGAAGACUUGGUUAUACGGAUAAAGAUGGUAACUGGGAUUGGAGUGUUGGAGAAGCAGUUUACGGCGCCGAGAGCUUCGUGUGGUCCCGAUUUAGAUCAGGUCAUCAUUGGAUCCGAGGGUACACUGGGGAUCAUCACCGAAGCCGUAGUCAGACUGAGACCUGCUCCAUCAGUCAGUCGGUAUGGAUCAUUAGUUUUUGCAAAUUUUGAAACUGGUUUUCGUUUUCUACGAGAAGUCGCCAAGAAAAGACUUCAACCGGCGAGUAUUCGACUUAUAGAUAACCAUCAAUUCGAAGUUGGUGAGUACCUUCGACCGGAUGGACCAUGGCAUGCAGAGCUUUUGAAUAGUCUCAAGAUUCAGUAUCUGACGAAAAUCUGUAGAUUCAAAAUGGACCAAAUUGCCGCCGUAACGUUGGUAUUUGAAGGUGACCAAAAAAGUGUGGAACAACACGAGAAAAUGAUUUACAGCAUAGCUGCUAAAUACGGGGCCUUAAAUGGAGGAUCUAAAAAUGGAGCAAAAGGGUACGCCUUGACGUUUGUGGUUGCUUACAUCAGGGACUUCGGAUGGGAUGUCAACAUCAUAGCGGAAUCGUUCGAAACCACCGUCUGCUGGGACAAGUGCUUGUCGCUGUGCAGAAAUGUGAAAUCUCGCGUAACGAAAGACUGCGAACGCAUUGGCAUCCGACGGAUGGUCUUCAGUUUCCGGGUAGCGCAAACGUACGACGAUGGCUGUUGUGUGUAUUUCUAUUUGGUGGUGAAGCAUGAAGACGAUAGCGUUAGCCCGGUGGUGGAGAUGAAGACGAUAGAGGAAGCUGCGAGGGACGAAAUUCUGGCUUCCGGCGGAACCUUAUCGCAUCAUCACGGCGUCGGAAAGAAACGUAGCAAAUGGUAUCCGGCGAGUGUUUCGCAGGUAGGGGUUAGCGUUCUGAGGGCGAUCAAAAAGGAGCUGGAUCCGAAGAAUAUUUUUGCCGCCGGGAAUUUAGUGGACGAUGUAGCAGUGUCUAAGUUGUGAUUUUUUUCAAAUUCAAAAUACAGUGCUAAUUGAGAAUAGUAUCUAGUGCAAUUGUUUAUGGCAAUCGGGUAGACGACGAUAUAAAAUUACCAAAUUAUAAUCGAUAGGUAAUAAACAAACUGAAGUAUUAACUCGA